AUAGUGUCGGCCAAUUUGCUACCUUCUGACCAAGACAGUACAUUAAACAGCAGAACUGUCAUUUUUAGAAUACCCGCGGUAGCAAGGAAGUUCUGUGACCUUUGUUUACAAUAAGUGUGACCUUCUUCUUCUUCUUCUUCCGUACAAGUACAGUCCACCAUCUGGUGUAUUACGUACUGUGGUUGUUGUGUGCAUGCGAGGGUGUGGAUAUAUACAGUGCAGUUAUGGGAGAUCCUCAAGACAAAUCGACUGGUAGUAACAACGACGGACUACAAUCUUUAUUAAAGAGCUUUGACCAUUUCCGGGGUAUGAUCUAUUCUUUACCGGAUGGCGGACCCGAGCUGACGAAGGUUUACGACGAUUGGUCGAGCACUCACUCUGAGGGACUUCGCCACAAAGGUUACCUGGCUCCCAGCAACCUGGCAAAGAUUGCAGCCGACUUUAUCAUUGAUAAGACGGCGAGAAUCUUAGAUGCAGCAUCCGGAACUGGGAUGGUCGGAGAGGAGUUGAAAACUCAAGGAUUCGGGAACAUCGAUGCCUUUGAUCAAUCCCAGGGGGCGCUAGACUACAGUAAGACACUGGGUGUGUAUACAAACUACAUACGUGACACUCUGGAUGAGCACCAGACACAAAUCCCGACAGAUUGCUAUGACGCUGUCUUGAUGGCUGGAACUUUCGGAUUGCCCGGUCACGUGACAGUUGCUUGCUUCCCAGAACUCAUUCGCAUUACAAAAACAGGAGGUUUCAUCAUGAUCACUUUGAACGAUUUAGUCAUUGACCAAUGGAAGGACAAGCUGGACGCAGCCAUUGAGGCAAGUCGCCAAAAGGGAUUGUGGGAGCUGGUGGAAACACGCUGGUGUCCCUACAUGAAGUCUUCUAAAGAGAAAGCUAUGGUGCCAAUACUAAAAAUUACCAAAGGGAAUAUUUAGCCAGCGAUGUAUCAUUUUGUGUUUUCCGUUUCAUCCAAACUGGUUAAAGGCACUGGACUCUCAUUGGUAACUAUUCAAAAUAAUUGUUAU